GGUCUCACGUGCUCCCCAAAGCUUCCAUCUCGAGGCCUAUCAUCUAUAUGAAAGUUUGUCUUCAUUCAUUUUUCCUUGGCUCUUCUCUAUUUUGAUUGAGGGUAACUUUGGAAUCAGGGUAAUUUUAAUUGAAAUCUUGCGAAUUCCGACCUUUUAGUUGGAAAACUCCUUGCGUAUGUGUGAGAGAUUAUCGACAAUGGCGCUUCGAAUUCUAGGCAGGAAAAACCUAAUUCCAACAAUUUCUGGAGGGUUAGGGUCUGGACAUCUCCGCGGCCUGCAGACCUUCUCCUUGCCCGACCUUCCUUACGACUAUGGCGCUCUUGAGCCCGUCAUCAACGCCGAAAUUAUGCAGCUUCAUCAUCAGAAGCAUCAUCAAGCCUACAUCACCAACUACAACAAGGCUCUUGAGCAACUUCACGAGGCCAUCAACAAAGGCCACACCUCCACCGUAGUCAAAUUGCAGAGUGCCAUCAAAUUCAAUGGCGGAGGUCACAUUAAUCAUUCGAUUUUUUGGAAUAAUCUGGCCCCAAUUCAUGAAGGGGGUGGUGAGCCUCCAAAGGGAUCUCUAGGAUGGGCAAUCGACUCUGAGUUCGGUUCUCUUGAAGCCUUGAUUCAGAGAGUCAAUGCAGAAGGUACUGCUUUACAGGGCUCUGGAUGGGUGUGGCUUGCUCUGAAUAAAGAACUGAAGAAGCUAUCUGUUGAAACCACGGCCAAUCAGGAUCCACUUGUGACAAAAGGAUCUGCUUUAGUGCCUCUGCUUGGGAUUGAUGUUUGGGAACAUGCAUAUUAUUUGCAGUACAAAAAUGUCAGACCAGACUAUCUGAAGAACAUUUGGAAGGUUAUAAAUUGGAAAUAUGCUGGCGACAUUUUUGCAAAAGAAGCUCCCCUGGUUGAGAGUCGUUAAGAGCCCCUUGGGGCUCUUUGUUGAGUCUUCUGUAACCUCAGUUUGUACUGGUGAACGUUGAAUAAUAAGCAUCCUUGUACGCAUGGAUGUUCAAGCCUUGUAAUGAGAUGAAAUGUAUCUUUGUUCCAAGUACUCUGUUUGAGAAGAUGAUGAAUGCGUGAGACCACGAGAGUUACCUUUUUCCAGUUA